AUGAAUAGCAAUGUUGGAAAAAUACCUUCGGAUGUGUGGAGCAAAAAGUAUUUUGAUCUAACCUUGAUCCAAUCCGCAACAGACUAUUACUGGGCUGCCUUUUCCAUAUUCUUGUUUUGUGCUAUCGUCUAUCCUAUCAUAUCCAUCUUUUCCAGUCCGCCAAAAAGAUUCUUUUACUACGUCUACUCUAUAACAUGCAUGGUUUCUGCGAUCGUUUAUUUUAGCAUGGCUGGUGAACUGGGUUACACGUUGGUCAAUUUAACUACUUCAACUUGGUUUCGUGGAGUUCGAGUAGUGUACUUUGUCCGAUACAUACAGUGGAUGAUUAAUUUCCCUUUGGUGAUUUCUAGCAUCUUUUACUUGGCUGGCGUUUCGUUUAUGCGAACUGUUGUAACUGUGUUUCACAUUUGGCUAUGCUUUGCAUGCUUGUUAGCUGCAGCUAUGACUGUCUCUAUUCACCGAUGGGGAUUCUACGCUUUUUCGUUGGUAGGUUAUGCCUGUGCCAUGUUGCAUACUUAUUUGACCUAUAAACAUGAUAUUCAACCUCUAAAACGCAAAGCAAAGGUUGGAUUUUUAUGCUCCAUCAUUUACUUUUUUGUUAUUUGGGCUUUGUAUUUUGUCAGCUGGGGUUUCUGUGAAGGCAUUGGCUACCCUUUACCAAUUGGAGAAGCUGUCUUCUACAGUGUCUUAGACUUUUUAGAAUUUCCAGUAUUUGGCACUAUAUUUUCUUGGAUGAUUGAUUUGGUCGGUAUUCACAGGUUCUCAAAGACAUAUCUACGUUCUUUCCAGACCGACAACCAAGAAGCAGUAAAGUUGAAUGUCAUUACCGAGGCAGAGUCUCCAAAGGAGAAAGAAGAAACUUCUUACACGAACAACAAUAGUAAUCUAUCAAUAAACGAGACCCCUGCACGCUGA